AGUAAACUUGAAAGAGAUUUGGCAGCACAAACACAUGUCAAAGGUCGUGAAGCAGAGAUAGCUGCUUUGGAAGCUAGAAUAUCAGGUUAUCGAAAAGGUUUUAAUCGGCAAAAGGCAAAGAGGGACGAACUUCAUGAUAAGCGAAAUUCUGUCCUAAUUUUGCAUCUCAUGGUUCGAUUUAUUGCACCAGACACUGAAGGUCAUUACUUAGGUAGGUUAUUGUGGGGGACAGAAAGUGCAGUUAAUGCUGAAAUUGUGCGUCUUAAAGCUGAAGUUGUGAAGGCAGAAAAAGCCUUAGAUCAUGCUACUCCUAGGGACAUAAGAAGGGGAAUCAAUUGUAUUUGGAGAAUCUGCAGGGAGUACAACAUUUCCGGAGUGUAUGGUUCAAUUAUUGAGUUGCUUGAAUGUGAUGAAAACUUAUUUACUGCUGUUGAAGUGACCGUUGGAAACAGCUUAUUCCAUGUUGUGGUUGAAAGUGAUGAAAUAUCAACUCAAGUAAAUCGACACCUUAGUGGAGAGAAAGUUGGUAGAGUUACAUUUAUACCCCUUAACAGGGUUAAGGCUCCUUAUGUCACUUAUCCACCAACUUCUGAUGCCAUUCCUCUUCUUAAGAAACUGAAAUAUUCCCACAGUUAUCAUCAAGCAUUUUCUCUAGGGCUGUUCGUGAGCCGAGCCGAGACGAGCUAGGGCAUGCUCGGGCUCGACUAGAUUAUAAACCGAGCUAGCUCGGCUCGGAUUUGAAACCGAGCUGAAAAUCUAAGCUCAGGCUCGGCUUGGUUUUAAACCGAACUGGCUCGGCUCGGCUAGCUUUGCGCUCGGUUGGUUGAUCACAAACGGAACUGGUCUAGCCUCGUACCCGAUUGACACAGUGCGAAGAAGAAUGAUGAUGACAUCUGGGGAAGCCGUCAAGUACUAGAACAUAUUUGACGCGUUCAACCAAAUCGUGAAAAAGGAAGGUGUCAAAUCAUUGUUCAAGGGUGGAGGUGCUAACAUUCUCAGAGCUAGAGCUGUGGCUGGUGCAGGUGUGCUUGCCGGUUGACAAUGGUCAAGAUCCAACUCUUGAUUCUCUUGUUAACUUGGCAAGCCUUUUGAUUAUUUAUGAUUUUAUUGCCUUGUAGUUUACAUUUGUUUCAUGUAUUAAUCAAAUUGGCACUUUGUUUCAUGUAUUAAUCAAUGGUGACGUUUGUGACAUUAUGUAUGAUUUUACUACCUUUUAGUUUA